GAAACAGAAUAGAUUCCUUAGUACACCAUUUUCUGAGACAAAAGCAAAAAAAAAAUAAAGGUCUGCAACAUGAAAAUUAAAUGCAUCACAAUCUUGUUUUGGACCUUCUCCAUGCUAUUAUUAUCAGAUGAAAGUCAGACUUCUGAAACAGAAAUCAAAUGUAAUUUCACUGAAAAGAACUAUUCUUUGAUUCCAGUGAAUAUUAAUAAAGAAGUUAACAUACUUGAUCUUAGUUAUAACCAAAUUUCUCUGAAUGCUACAGACAUUAGGGUUCUACAGCAGUAUUUUUUACUCACUGAACUCUAUUUGAUUGAGAACAAUAUCUCUGCUUUAUAUAGUAAUAGUUUUACUAAUCUCUCCAAGCUAAAAAUUUUAAAUAUCUGUAAAAACUCCAUCCACUUAAUUCAACAGCAUGCAUUUGCAGGUUUAAAUAAACUAAAACAGUUAUAUCUCUGCCAAAACAAAAUAUUACAUUUGAAUCCCGACAUGUUUGUGUCUCUAAAAAAUCUGAGACUUCUAAAUCUGCAAGGCAAUUUGAUAAGUUAUUUGGAUGUACCACCACGGUUUCAUCUGGAAUUAAUAAUUUUACAUGAAAAUCCAUGGAACUGCUCUUGUCUACUGAAUUUGCAGAACUGGUUGAACACAUCAAAUGUGACACUAGAAAAUGAGAACAUCACCAUGUGCAACUCCCCAGAUAUCCUGAAGAACUACAGUAUCAAAACAGUACCUUAUAAGGCUAAAUGCUAUUCUAAGUUUUCUUCACCUCUAACUGAAGAUUUUUACAAUGAUUUUCAGUCCAUUAGCAAUUCAACAUUUAAUAGCUCUUUGAACAACUUAACAAGAAAUUCAGAACAUGAACCAAUCGGAAAAAGCUGGUUUUUUCUUGUCAGUGUUGUAGUCACUGUACUGCUCACUUCAUUCCUCAUUUUUAUUGCCAUCAAAUGUCCAGUGUGGUAUAAUUUUCUGCUUAGUUACAAUCAUCAUCGCCUGGAAGAGCAUGAAGUAGAAACCUAUGAAGAUGGGCUUACUAGAAAUUCAAGUUAUCUUUCACAGAUAUCAAAUACAAACUCUGAAGACACUACAGUAAUAUUUGAACAAUUGCAUUCAUUUGUGGUAGAUGAUGAUGGAUUUAUUGAAGAUAAAUAUAUAGAUACUCAAGUAUUACAUGAAGAUUAAUUUCUUUCAAUGUUUGAUUUUCUAAAAAAUGUUAUCAACUCAUAGUUUAGACAUGAGAUUUUGAUAUGAGGCAUAUCAAACUAUAGCUAAUAGACUUUCAUGUUAUUAAACACAACUACCAUAUAAUUAUAUUCUUCUCAUUGGUAUUAAGCAAGUAGGUCCAAAUAGAGCAACUGACACUUACCAAAAGCUAACAGUUACUGGCCUCCCCGGUGGCGCAGCGGUUGAGCGCUGGAUUGCGAAGCUGCCCACAGCCUCUGCAGCGCCGGUUCGAUCACUGGCUGUCAGGCGAGGGUCCCACAUGGUGUGCAGACCUCUCCUGCCACCCACAUGCUCCCCUCAGCAGUGUACUUCGUCACUUUGCCUAUUCUACUCUCCGCUCUGGCUCUGGUGAAUUCUCUCACCCUCCCGCGCCUCUGACUGUACCCAGUACUUGUAUAAAAAAAAAAAAAUAAAUCUUAAAAAAAAAAAAAAGUAGCAGUUACAAAUAGUAGCAGUGCUAUUUUCAGCAGUAUUCAGGAGACAAUACAUAAUAGUAAGGAAAACAGACUACAGUAAAUGAUUCAUUAAUGUAUCUACCUGAUUUUCAUUCUAGCCCAGAAGUUUAAUGUCAUAUACAUUAAAGUUUUAGUAAUUGGAAUCAAUAAAGAAAUAAAGGUUUGGAUUUGUAUAAGGGUCAAAGAAACAGAAUUAGUUUAAAUUGACAACACAGUAAGAUUAAUUUUAUGUUCACAGAAUGAAUUCAUGGAUAUGUAUAAUAUUUUUAAAAUGUUCACUGAAUUAGCAUGAUAAAUUUCCUGAAAAUUUAGUAGCAAUUUAAACCACAGGCACAAAGUCCAAGCACAAUCCCUAAUAAAGGUGUAGGAUGACCUUUCCAUUCAGUUGACUAUAUUUUUUCAUCUCCAGAAUUUCAAUUCAUUUCUUUUUAAUAAUUUCUGUCUCCUUAUUGAUAUUCUGUUAUUUGGUGACAACAAAUUCUGUUCUCAUAAUUUGUUUUAGUUAUGUAGACAUGGUUUUCUUUAAGGCCUUUGAUCAUAUUUAAAAUGGUGGAUUUAAAAUUUUUGUCUAGUAAGUCUAGUGUCCAGAGUUUGUCAAUGAUGGUACUUAUUGUUUGUCCAUCUGUAUUGGCCACACUUUCUUGCUUCUUUGCAUAUCUCCUAAUUUAUUUUAUUAAAAUCAGGAAAAUUUUAAAUAAUAUAAUGCAGAAACUCUGGACAUCAGAUUCUCACCUCUCCCAGAAUUUGCUGUUAUUACAUUUUGUUAUUGUUUGUUUAGUGACUUGUAAAGCAAUUCUGUGAAGUCUGUAUUUUUUGUUGUAUUUGGUUAUUGAAGUCUCUGCUUUGUUAAUAGUUGGACAAAGAUUUUCUUAGACACAUAAAAUCAAUAACUCUCUAAUUUGUUCAGAGGAUGUGUAUGUGUGUGUGUGUGUAUUCUGAGAUACUACUUCAAUACUCAGGCAUGCACUUUACAAUUCUGACUUAGCCUUCACUGCCUGUGCAGAGCUUCACGAUCAAUCAGAAGUGGUAGUUUUGGCCUUUUCAGAUCUUUCCUGAGAAGUCACAUUGCCUUGGACAUACAUGAGACCUUCUACAUUUCCAGAAACAUGCAAUAUUUUCAAUGUUUCUAUGGACAUUUCAUUCCUCAGGUUUUCCUGUAAAAUAGAAGAACUGACUCAUUUAUUUAUGAUGCAUAUUUGCUUGUGUUUAGGGGAACAUGCUUUCAAUAAGAAAGCAUGUUUCAUAAUUUCUAAAAGAUAAUAUCAAUCAUACUUUAUUAUUAAAUUUCAACUGUCAGAGUGAAAUAAUUGUGGAAAUGAGACAUCUUUUUCUAAAU